UCACGCGCACGCGCACAGACGCGCACGCGCUCCGCUAAGUAAAACCAGCGGAACCCAAGUCCGGCCGAGCCAAUUGGAGACUCCUUGGCCCUGGAAGCCGUUGCUGCUGCCACCGAGAGACGCGGGAACCCCAGUGGGUGGCAGCGAGUGCCCAGGGUGCAAAGGUUGGAAGGAAAAGAAGGAAGUAUAUUCCAGAGGAAACAGUGGGAACUGAUACUCUCUUGUUGGCACCGUCAAAAUACAGGGUCCCCAACAGACAGGAUCCUGUGAGGAUCCAUCCUGGGACAUUCCAUCCCUUUCCCAUGUACCCUUAGGGAACAGACUGCACAGAGAGUAUCAGUGGCUGCAGCCUACAGGGUCACUAGCGGACAGGCAGGGGACAUUCCCCUCCCUCUUUUAUCCUUCUGGUGGGACAGGCCCUACCCUUUGGAGCUGCAGAUUCCCAUCUGUAAAAUGGGAGCUUUGUGGAUGCAGAUGACGUCAUGACCAAAGAGGAGCAGAUCUUCCUGCUGCACCGUGCCCAGGCCCAAUGCCAGAAGCGGCUCAAAGAAGUCCUGCAGAGGCCAGCUGACAUAAUGGAAUCAGACAAAGGAUGGGCAUCUGCAUCCACAUCAGGGAAGCCUAAGAAAGACAAGGCAUCUGGGAAGCUCUACCCCGAGUCCGAGGAGGACAAGGAGGCGCCCACUGGCAGCAGGCGCCGAGGGCGCCCCUGCCUGCCCGAGUGGGACCACAUCCUUUGCUGGCCGCUGGGGGCACCAGGUGAGGUGGUGGCCGUGCCCUGUCCCGACUACAUUUAUGACUUCAAUCACAAAGGCCAUGCCUACCGUCGCUGUGACCGCAAUGGCAGCUGGGAACUGGUGCCUGGGCACAACCGGACAUGGGCCAACUACAGCGAGUGUGUCAAGUUCCUGACCAAUGAGACUCGUGAACGGGAGGUGUUUGACCGCCUGGGCAUGAUCUACACCGUGGGCUACUCUGUCUCCCUGGCCUCCCUCACCGUGGCUGUGCUCAUCUUGGCGUACUUCAGGAGGCUGCACUGCACGCGCAACUACAUCCACAUGCACCUAUUCCUGUCCUUCAUGCUUCGCGCCGUGAGCAUCUUCGUCAAGGACGCGGUGCUCUACUCGGGGGCCACGCUCGAUGAGGCCGAGCGCCUCACCGAGGAAGAGCUGCGCGCCAUCGCCCAGGCGCCCCCGCCGCCCGCCGCCGCCGCCGCCGGCUACGCGGGCUGCAGGGUAGCUGUGACCUUCUUCCUUUACUUCCUGGCCACCAACUACUACUGGAUUCUGGUGGAGGGGCUGUACCUGCAUAGCCUCAUCUUCAUGGCCUUCUUCUCAGAGAAGAAGUAUCUGUGGGGCUUCACGGUCUUCGGCUGGGGUCUGCCCGCCGUCUUCGUGGCCGUGUGGGUCAGUGUGAGAGCCAGCCUGGCCAACACCGGGUGCUGGGACUUGAGCUCCGGGAACAAGAAGUGGAUCAUCCAGGUGCCCAUCCUGGCCUCCAUCGUGCUCAACUUCAUCCUCUUUAUCAACAUCGUCCGGGUGCUGGCCACCAAGCUGCGGGAGACCAAUGCCGGCCGGUGCGACACGCGGCAGCAGUACCGGAAGCUGCUCAAAUCCACGCUGGUGCUCAUGCCGCUCUUUGGCGUCCACUACAUCGUCUUCAUGGCCACGCCGUACACCGAGGUCUCAGGGACGCUCUGGCAAGUCCAGAUGCACUACGAGAUGCUCUUCAACUCCUUCCAGGGAUUUUUUGUCGCCAUCAUAUACUGUUUCUGCAACGGCGAGGUACAGGCUGAGAUCAAGAAAUCCUGGAGCCGCUGGACACUGGCACUGGACUUCAAGCGGAAGGCACGCAGCGGGAGCAGCAGCUACAGCUACGGCCCGAUGGUGUCUCACACGAGUGUGACCAACGUAGGCCCCCGCACGGGACUCGGCCUGCCCCUCAGCCCCCGCCUGCUGCCCGCCGCCACCACCAACGGCCACCCCCCGCUCCCCGGCCACACCAAACCGGGGGCCCCGGCCCUCCAGACCACACCACCUGCCGUGGCUGCUCCCAAGGACGAUGGGUUCCUCAAUGGCUCCUGUUCGGGGCUGGACGAGGAGGCCUCUGCGCCGGAGCGGCCACCUGCCCUGCUGCAGGAGGAGUGGGAGACAGUCAUGUGACGGGGGACCUGAGGGUGGGACCCAUGGACAUGAGGGCCGACAGACGGACCAAGAGACGGGUGGUUGGACGGUUGCCCACUCAGGGCUGGGGCUGGGAAGACAAAA